UAUCACGCGCAACAAUAAACCAAGCAGUGACGUAUAAGCUCCUGGUCACCAUAAGAUUCUCAAUGGGAUGCAGUCCCGUAUGUUCGCGUAGUGGCUACUUGGCUUAUCGCUGUGCAUGGACCCUGUUGAAUCUCAGGGACAGGGCUAUUUAAUCGUACGCGCGCGGCAGACGUGUCAGCCACGAUUCCUACGUGUGCCGGUUUGCGUGGUACCUAUAUAAUCGCGGCAAGACGUAUUCGCUUCAGCAGUCGAUCGCGGCGCGAGCGCAAGAACCUACUCAGGUGUGACUACCACGCGCUUUCCUCGUGCCGUCGCAUUCUUAACGAGCGCCGGGACCUUGCUUAGCCAGUGAUCAGUGCGAAUUUUCUCUACAGUAGUUGGAACACCGGUACGCAACAAUCGAGGGCGACGCCAGAAAUACGCGACUUGAGGAACCCUCGCGAGAUUCCACUAUCCCGGAAAACGAGGCGACCGGUUCGAUCAUGUCGUGUCUGAGGAGGAACAAGACUUGCAUCUUCGCGAGCAUAUUCAUCACGUUCGCAAUCACAGGCUCGAUUAUCGGAGUCGUGGUCGCUCAACAGGCGAGGGAGGAGCAACAGAAUCCCGGCAGUUUGUUACAUCGGGCAUCGGUCGGAAGUAGCGCAGUGCCGAGAUCUGAGGAUGACCCGGAGUUAUCCGAAAGUGACAGGCAAUUAUUGGAAUCGCUAGAAAUGGCUAGGGAGAUCAAUUCCAUCACAUCGAUAAACGAAUUCCUCAGUAAGUUUAGUCCGGGAACGUUUGCAGCGCGAGAGCCCGGUUCCUUGGGAAUCGCGGGCAUCGGUAUAACCGGCAGAGUAGUAGGAACAGGAACUCAACGGUCGAACAGUGUGAUACCGAAACCAGCUUUAUGCAUGCCCGAAUUGCAACUUGUUCCUUUAAAACAAGAGACCGAUCCGUCCUAUAUUUAUUAUCCCACCUGUACGAGGAUCAUGAGGUGCGGCGGUUGUUGCAACCACCAGUUACUAUCUUGCCAGCCUACUGAAUGGGAAACUAAGAACUACGAAGUAGCCUGGAUGGUGUACAACCCACCCGAUGGAUACAAAUACAAUGGCAAACGCAUCAUACCGUUGGAAGAACACACAAAAUGCGUGUGCGACUGUACGAUUAAGGAGAAGGACUGUACCCUGAAACAGACGUACAAGAAGGACCAAUGCCAAUGCGUGUGCAACAACGUCGACGAGAGAGAUAAAUGUAUCAAAAACAAUAACACGAAAAUCUGGAAUUCGAAGAGUUGCGACUGCGUCUGCAGAGAAGAAAAAGACUGUUCCACCGGUUUUUACUUCGAUCAAAACACAUGCAGAUGCAGGCAAAUGCCUCUAUCCAGAGGCUGGUUUCCGUUGACGAAAGGAACUGACUAUGGUUUCGGACAAACGCAAAGACCAGACACGGCACCACCGGUAAUAAUUUCAUUGGACGCAGGAGAUCCUAAAAGAAAACCUAAACCAGAUCCAUACACAUAAGGAUAAUAGGAGCAGGAACCAUAAGACUCACGAGACAGCUAUUUAAUAGGAAUAGGAUACGCUUAACAGUCGAACCUUUCAUCUCAGUGCCAUUCCACAACAGACAUGCAGAAUACAAUAAUCGUAUUUAUGUGAUAAUACGCGAAUAUAUAUUAAAUGUAUUUUUAUUGUAUAUCAAAAGACAUUGUGAUUCGUGGAGAGACACAAUUAUUUAAAUAUUAAUUUGACGAAUAUUUUAUUAAUUGUACUCUUCGGUAUAAACGUUAAAAAAUAUUUUAUAAUUGUUAAUCUUGCUCCAUUGUUGCGUGACCCCCAUUCGCUUGUAUAUUAUGUGUUUUUUUACUUUGUAUAUACGAAGCCAACUCAUGAUUAACUUUUAAGAGAUUCAUGUACCUCCCGUUUAUAGAUGUAAGCGAUUUGGAUAUUUGUCCUAAAAAAUUGUUCGAUAAAGUAUUAUACACUAA